CAGAUCUUAGGCUCAAGGAUGUGCUCUAUAGUCAUGCUUCAUCAGUGGAGUCUGGCUAUGUUCUUGCUGUGCUCCCCAGUGACUCUUGAUGGGAGACCAGUUGAUGCACUUAGUAGCAGAACGAGGAGGUCAGUGAGCCAUGCCCAGCUGAUGCAUGACAAGGGCCGCUCCUUACAAGAGUUCAAGCGCCGCAUGUGGCUGAAGGAGCUGCUGGAAGAGGUGCACACUGCUGACGAGCACGCUCCACCUGUGCAGAGCAGAACCCAGAGUCAAAUCUUUAGUGGGAAUGCCCUGCUCGAGAAGCCCCCAGGGGCCACCAAGAACCUGCCUGACAGGUUCAGGACGGACAGAGAGGGCCCUAACCUGCCCCAGGAGACCAACAAGGCUCUGGCAUAUAAGGACCAGCCACUAAAAGUAGCCACCAAGAGAAAAAAAAAGGUGAGGUUAGGCAGACGUAGAGAGAGCGACAAGAAGCGAAGGCGGGCACGGUCUGUCACAUCAAAGGAACCACGAAGGAUGCAGUGCCCUGGCUAAGAGACUCCCAACAGCCUUUACAUGGUACUGCACUAAGACACUGACAUUGGUCCAACUAGACUGGGAAUUGAGAGACUCUACGCAUGGCUGACUCAAUCACUUCAUAUUACCGCCCUGAGGUUGUGCUUGUAUGAUAACAUUUUGCUGUGUUUGUAUUUUUGAUCUCAUACUUUCUCAAGUUUGUGAAUUAUCAUCAUCUUCAGUCCAUUUUUAUUUGGAACAUCUGCAGGCGUCUGUAACUUUGAUUGACUUCAAAACAAAGCCAUAUGUUGCUAUCUCUAACCAGCUGUGUGCUCGAGUAGAUCAGGAAGAACUAUUUAUUGCCUAUAUGUAAUGGAACUUCACAAAAUUGGGAGGCUGAAUGGUUUACUUUUGUUUUGCUCUAUAUUUGUUGACUAUUGUGAACUUACAGUUGCAUACAAACUGUUCACUGCAUACAUCUGUUCGAACUUGUCUGCCAUAAUUUAUUUCACUUUGAAAGUGUGUAUUUAUUUUGUGAAUGUAUCACGGUGCUGCUGACAAAAUUCCAUAAUGCACUUUAGUUAUAUCCUGUACAUGUUCUUUUGUGGUUGAGUUUUAUUUUUAUGUUUCUUUUUGAUAGUCCUGCUUUCCUUUUUCAACUUAGAUCCCUCAUGGACUUGUAACUUAUUGGAUGCUUCAUCAAAUCCACUCUUACCAUUUCACGUUAUAGUUUAUUUUUUAUAAAACAAGCCCGAGUCAGGAGCUGUCAGACUCAUUUAAUGUUCUACUUGCACUGAGGGCAUACUAUACAUUUUUCCAGUUAAUCAAACAUUAAAAGUGUAGCCAUUAGAAAUA